AUGGAGCCAGAAACGCAAAAGCCCUCUCGUGGGCCCCAGUCCCAAUUCCAAACAGGCCAUGAAGUCCCCGUUCAGCAGCAAAAGAAGCCGGGUCUCCAGUCCCAAAUGGAGAACCCCCAACCCACAUCCACGCAGAUUCCCUCGGAGGACCAAGGAUACCAAACAUACAAGGCCGCGGGCAAAUUAACAGAGAAGAAAGCCAUUAUCACAGGUGGCGACUCUGGGAUCGGGCGCGCGAUCGCGAUUCUGUAUGCGAUGGAAGGCGCUUCGAGCCUGAUCACCUAUCUACCCGAGGAAGAGAAGGAUGCACAGGAGACGAAGAGAAGGGUAGAGGAAGCUGGACAGAAGUGUUAUCUCCUAGCCGUGGACCUGCGCACCAAGGAGAACUGUAAGAAGGCCGUUGAGACGGCAUUGCAGUCGUUGGGUGGGAUCGAUAUCUUGGUGAAUAAUGCUGGGACGCAGCAUAUGAUUGAUGAUAUUAAGGAUUUGGAUGAGGCUCAGUGGGAGAGUACAUUCGACACCAACAUCCACCCCGUUUACUACAUGUCCAAGUAUACUCUGCCGCAUUUGAAGUCAGGCUCAACCAUCAUCAACUGCGCCUCAGUUAACCCAUACAUCGGUCGACCCGAUCUUCUUGACUACACAGCGACCAAGGGCGCGAUUGUUGCGUUUACCAGAGGGUUGUCCAAUCAGCAAUGUAGCAAGGGCAUCCGGGUUAACGCCGUGUGUCCGGGACCAGUCUGGACGCCUCUAAUUCCAGCAACCAUGAACACAUCCGCGAUCGAACAAUUCAGCGGCACGCCGAUGGGUCGUCCGGGACAGCCCAGCGAAGUCGCGACGUGCUUCGUUUUCCUCGCUAGCCAGGAUAGUAGCUUUAUUUCUGGCCAAAGUUUACACCCGAACGGAGGAGUUGUUUUGAAUGGUUAG